AUGACAGAUAAUUCUAAGGAGAACGAGGAACCUGAACAGGUCAUACCAGAGCUGCCACCAAAAGUUGUUUAUAAGUUUAGGUAUGGAACCAAAGCUCCUAAAGAUGAAUACUACUACGACUUCCAGUUUGAUGCAGAACCGACCGAUUUUGACCACCGUGCUUUACGAGAUGAACAUUCGGAACCACAUAAGACUUUCAAGUUUCCAGAGGAAUACACAUUAUUUUUAAUUAAACCUGGAGCUAUGAUUUAUAAAGAUCAAAUAAUAAAAAGAAUCUAUGAAGAAGGUUUUCUGACCUUAAAGGAGAAGACGGUGUGGCUUUCAAGUGAACACACGAGUGAAUUCUAUAAUGAGCAUUACGGAAAACCAUGGUUUCCGAAGUUUAUUAUGAAAAUGGUGACUGGUCCAAUUCAUAUAAUGGUUUUAGCUAAGGAUAAUGCCAUUGAGGAUUUAAAGGCGUUAAUGGGUAACAAAAGAGUAUCUAUCGCUCGAAAAGAGGCGCCAUAUUCAUUGAGGGCAUUGUAUGGAUUGAAAGGCGAUUCGGCAACCAAUGCAGUACACGGGAGUGAAAAUGUAGAAGCUGCGGCUAGAGAGAUUCGUUUCUUCUAUCCACAAGUGUUAAUAGAACCGUUUCCUCCAGUUGCAAGAUGUAUUGAUUACGUCCAGGAAAAUGUAAGUGAAAUAUUACACAAAGGUUUAAUGGCAGUCAGUAGAGCUAGACCUAUUCAUCCAUUGAAGUGGUUAGCUGAAUGGUUUCUUCUUAACAACCCAGAUAGUCCAUUGAUUAUUCCGAACUUUAUAAUGCAUCAGCUUUAA